AUGCGGCAAGGGAAGAGUCGACCCUCCUUGAGAACACCAACAGAAGCUGAGCUUCUCCACCCACCCUCCCCACUCACCCCACUCACCCCACCCACCCCACUCACCCCACCCACCCCACUCACCCCACUCACCCCACUCACCCCACUCACCCCACUCACCCCACUCCCUCCACUCACCCCACUCACCCCACUCACCCCACUCACCACAUUCACCCCACUCACCCGACUCACCCACUCACCCAACUCACCCACUCACCCCACUCACCUCACUCACCCAUUCAACCCACUCACCCCACUCAACCGACUCACCCACUCACCCCACUCAUCCCACUCACCCCACUCACCCCACUCACCCACUCACUCCACUCCCUCUACUCACCCCACCUAUCCCACUCACCCCACUCCCUCCACUCACCCCACUCACCCCACUCACCACAUUCACCCCACUCACCCCACUCAUCCCACUCACCCCACUCAUCCCACUCACCCCACUCAUCCCACUCACCCCACUCAUCCCACUCACCCCACUCAUCCCACUCAUCCCACUCAUCCCACUCAUCCCACUCACCCCACUCACCACUCACCCCACUCGCCAGCACACCAGUAG